AUGCCCAUGCUCGUCGACACCGCUGAGCUCACCGGCCUCGCCGUCGAGGGCCCUCUCUAUGGCGUCUUCCUCUGCAUGUUCGUCGUCUGCGGCCAUGAUCUCUAUCGCCGCGCCGCCCGGCGCGAGACCCGUCUCAGCUGGCCCAUGGUCACCACCGGCCUCUCGCUCAUUUUGCUUGCCACCGCCCGCUUCGUGCUCAACGUCGCCUACGUCUUCCUCGCCUUCAUCCACCAAGAGACUCGGCCCGACCGUAUCGCCUUUAUCCGCGAUCUCACCCAACCCAUCUUCCUCGCCCGCCACUGGAUCUUCCUCGUCGUCCAGCUCAUCGGCGACUCCUUCGUGAUAUACCGCUGCUGGGUCGUCUGGGGCAGGAACACCUGGAUUGUUAUCCUCCCUAUCAUACUUACCAUUGCCAGUAAUGCCUGUGGAUCAUACAGCGUCUGGACCUUCAACCACCUUCCCAACCAGACAGAGCUCUCUCAAGAGCUAUGGAUCAAGCUCUGUUUCUGCCUCAGCCUGGUCGGAAAUGCCCUCGCCACUUCUCUUCUGGCAUACCGCAUCUGGUCCAUCGACCGCGAAGUCCACAAAGUCUUCCCAUGUAAAUCUUCUUCUCUCACGCCCGCAGUCCGCAUCAUUCUCGAAAGCGGCUCGAUCAACGUCGCGUAUCUGUUCGCGUUCGUUAUGGUCACCGCGUUCGGAUCCGAGGCCUUCGAGCUCAUGUGCGACAUGGGCGUAUCGCUCACGGGCAUCGUCUUCACCAUCGUUAUCCUCCGGGCUGCGCUCCGGCGGCACGACGACGCCAUGUUCACCGCGAAGAUGGUCACGUUCCCGUGGCACUUCACCACCAACCGGGCGACGACGGACGCCGACAUCCCCGACUGCACCAUGCAGCUCCCCCCUUGCGUCUCUGUGUCCCUCUCCGCCGCAGCUCUAGGCGAGUCGGACAGCACCACUGCGAGCGUAUCGGGGAAGAGUGAUGAUAUGGACGCGCGUCGCUGCGCGUUAGACCUCGACAUUGCAGCCCUGGAGGAUGAGAAGGUCGGGGAGAGCAGGAUGCCAAUCACCAUCGACGUCGCGGAACUCCUCGGCAUAGCUAUCGCCGGGCCUCUAUAUGGUGCCUUCCUGUGCCUCUUCGUGGUGUGCACGUACGACCUCCUGUCGCGCCGUGCGCGUGGCGAGGGUCAGAUCAACCCUAUCAUGGUCAUUGCGGGCGUAGCGUUACUUAUCCUCGCCACAACCCGAUUUGUGCUCGACACCGUAUACGUCUACAACGGGUUUAUCAACCAUGACGGCCGCGCUGCGCGGCUGGCCUUCAUGAACAACGUCACGAACAAGAACUUCAUCGCGAAGCACGCGUCGCUGCUCACGACGCUCUUUGUGGGGGACUCGUUCAUGAACUACCGGUGCUGGGUCGUGUGGGGGCGCAAGUGGUGGAUCCCGGUCGUGCCGUUCAUUCUCUCGCUGUCGAGCACGAUCUCGGGCUGCUACACGCUGUACGCGUACACGCACUUGCACGACCAGACGAUCUUCGAGCAGACGGAGCCUCUCAAGAUCUGCUUCAUCCUCAGUCUCAUCUCGAACGUGCUCUCCACUUCGCUGCUGGCGUCGCGGAUCUGGUACGUGAACCGGAGCAGCGCGAACGUGCUCGCGGGGGGCGCCGACGGCGGGCUCUGGCCGGUGGUGCGCAUCGUGCUCGAGUCCGGGUUCAUCAACGCCGUCUUCCUCUUCGCGUUCGUCAUGAUCAUCGCCGCGAACUCGUCCGCGCUCGAGCUCGUCUCCGAGAUGGCGGUGCCGGUGACCGCGAACGUGUUCGCGAUCGUCAUCUUCCGCGUCGGCCUCCGCCGGCGCGCGUCGUCCGAAAAGUCGCCCAGCUCCGCGCGGACGACGACGAUCGAGUGGGCGGGGCACCCCGCCGGCGCGACGACGACGAUCGACUCGGUCCUCGGCGGGCCGUACCUGGGCAAGGCCGGCGGCGUGCGCGCGAGCCGCGUGGGCCGCGUGCCCGUGCCCGGCGCGCGCCUGACGGUGUCGUCGACGACGGGGCCGUACGGGUUCGGGGGCGGGUUGAAGGGCGCGCGCGGCAGCGAGGACGGGGAGAUCGAGAUGGCGGACCGGCCGGGGGAGUCGUUCGCGGCCUGA